CAUAGAGUGGGCGAGGCUACACUGCGCUAUAUAAGGAGGAGCGCAGCGCCCAUUGCGCACUCUGCAUUGCUGUUCUCUCUGUGAUCGUUAAGCUGCACUUGGACAAGAUCUCAUCAUGUCAUCUGACGAAGGAAAGCUUUUUGUUGGAGGUCUGAGCUUUGAUACCAAUGAGCAGAGUCUGGAAGAUGUAUUUGGUAAAUACGGACAAAUCUCUGAAGUGGUUGUGGUGAAGGAUCGGGAGACAAAAAGAUCUCGUGGUUUUGGCUUUGUCACAUUUGAUAAUGCUGAUGAUGCAAAAGAUGCCAUGGCGGGUAUGAAUGGGAAGACUGUGGAUGGUCGUCAGAUUCGGGUUGAUCAGGCUGGGAAGUCCUCAAAUGACAGAAGAGGAGGCUACAGAGGCGGUUCAUCUGGAGGAGGAAGAGGGUUCUUCCGUGGAGGUAGAGGCCGUGGUGGUGGUGGUGGAGGAUAUGGUGGAAGCAGCCGGUUUGAAGGCGGCAGCCGAAGUGGAGGCUAUGGUGGUGGCGGUGGAUCCCGGGAUUAUUAUGGCAGCAGUGGCAGGAGUCAAAGUUACGGUGAUCGCUCAGGAGGAAGCUCAUACAGAGACGGUUAUGACAGCUACACCUCACACAACGAUUAAAAUGCCUUCCUGACUCAAGAUCGUCCUUCCAAUGGCUAUUUAUAAAGAUUUUUGGAGCUUCGCUGAAUCAAUAUGUACUAUUUUGUUCUAUUUGUCUUCACCUUUCUAUAAACAUAUUUGAUAACUGCCUCAAACCGUGGAACGGCUGUCCUAUCUGCUUUUAUUUUUAUUUGGCCCUGUUUUAUAAUUGUAGUGACAAGAACAUUUCUUGUCAUUUUGCUGUUUCCUUGAGGCUCAUUCCAUAAGUUUCCCUUUAAGUUAUGUGGAGUGCAUUGGAGAGAUCCAUUCCAUCAGCAACAGAUUCUGGUAUAGUGCUUCUUGAGGCAUUAGUUUGCUGUUGGACUUGAUCUUUGAUGCAACAUGGGCUUUUGAGUUUCCUGUUGCUGUACAUACUUCAAGGGUUUAUGGGCCCCAAAUGCUUAUAAUUUUUUUAUAUUACCCUGAGGACACAUUCCUUUAGUGUAACAAGGUAACUCAGAGCCAGAGUGCGCUGUAAAUAGUGGCUUAACCUCCUUGAUAUACCUAAAGAGAACCUCCUUCCCAAUCUCUCCAGUAACAUUUGCUUAGAAGUUUGAAACCAUUUGUUUAUACCUGUUUGUUUUUUGCCCAAAAUUGUAUCGAUAGUUAUAAAUUUCCUGUACUUUCGGCUUGACAAAGCCCAUUAUCUCCAUCUGUCCAGUAACACUUAAAAGUUCGUGAAACAAUUUGUUCAUAUUUGUUUUUUUUUUUUACUGGAAGAAAUUUGUAUCAAGUGGUUAUGAAUUUCUUGUACUCUUCAUUUUGGCUUCACGAAGCCUAUUAAAAGACCAUCUGAAAUAAAAA